GCGCUAUCGUACUGAACGAACGCCCAGUCGCGCCCGACCCGACACUCCGUCGCGCGAUCCCUAACCGGUCGAGCCACUUCGAGUGAUUAUUCCUUGUGCGACCAUAAUAAUUGUGAAGUGCCAUACGACCAUAGACUACUUCGGCCAAACUUAACGAACUGACAAAGCCAGUGCCAUAAACUUUUUGAGUGCAGUGCAAGUUUUCUGAAAGUUGAUCCUAUUCUACUGUGUGAUUCAGUUUUGUAAAGUGAACACUGAGAUCUGAUAUUAAUUUUAGUGUGACGUAUUGAAUCGAGUUCUUGAAUUUUGCUAUUGCCCUCGGAAGCUGUUCAUCAUAUUUAUAUUUUAUGGAAAGUUAAAACUUUUCUUACUAACUUUGCAAAAGGAGAACUCUGCAAGUUGACAACUCAUGACAACGAAUUAACAGGGUCGGGAAUCGUCUGGAGCCUACUAAUGUCAUAAGGUUCUUGUUGGACAUGAGAGGAUGAGCCAUGGAAUCACGCAGCGCGCCGCCAAGCCCCGACGAGCCGGGGGAGGCGGUGUUCGACUCUCGGUGUGGACACUACUCAGCGUCUGCUCUGCAGAGGACGUUCGCAAGCUGUCGCGAGACGGGACGACCACGGCCGCAUCACCGCCAUGCUGCCUCAGAACCGGCUCGACCCGACGACCGAGUACUUACAACCGCCGAAGUCCACGACUACCCAUCCUCCGAGUCCGGAAUCGCAGCCGACUGCCCACAUCCAAACACAAGCAACGCUGAUGAUAGCCCUUCAUACGAUCGCUCUGAUUAUGAAGGCAAUUCAAAUUACAGUCUCCGACGUACACCCGAAUACCACCAUACAUUAGACUGUAAACAUCGACCCAUAGACUACAACCGUAGUCGUACGCCGGAUUUCAACCACAGUGACAACUUCCAUCCUAGGUCGCAAACUUCGAGAAGACCACAUAGGAAGCACAGGCGUGAAGAAGAUGAUGGAGCGCAGUCACUUGAUGAACGAUGUGCUCGUGACUUAGAUGAAAUCUUGCCAGCAAGAUUAGCAGCUGUUAACCUAUCUAGGGAGCAGCCUCCGCAAACAUGGAACAGAAGUAAUAUCGCGGCAACCAUGGAGCGAUUUGAACCUGUAGAUUAUUCAUAUGCCUAUUAUGAUCAUCAUUUAUCAAUGCCUUCAUCAUCACGAAAGGCACAUCGCCAACGUGGCAGAGGUGGAAUACCAAGAGAUCGAUCUGCGCGGCACAAUUAUGUGACAAGAUAUGGUACAGAGGAAAAUAUUUAUGAAGAAAUAACUGAUGGUACAAGAUCUUGUCCCAAGCAUCGGUACGCUCCUCGCCAAUCUCUUGUGUCACUGGACAGAACUGUUGUUGAGGAGGAAGUUCGCCGGGUAGAAUCUAGGCAUAAACGAAUUUUAGGCGAGUUAAAUCUUAGCGUAGAAGCAAUGUUAAUGCCUGAAUGUGAAUCACCUGACUCAGAGCGAGCUGAAGACAGAGACAAUAUAGAAGAGCUAUUACGGGUGGGGCCUACAGAUGAAUUAUUGUCACCUGCUAGCUGUAAUCCGCCAGAUUUGGAUAGCGGAUUUAGUGGUAGUAGUAGUGGGGCAAGCUAUGUUGGCAGCUUGCGAAGAAAGCCCACUGGAUCCGUACCCCAUUUGCCAGCCGUAGCGUAUGGUACCAGAGGAGCAGGUGUACGCAUACUGGGUACAGAUGAAUGUGGCAUACGAUGUACAAAAGAUGCUACGUCGCCAAGGAGUUCCAGCUGUGGAGAUGCAAAGAAUACUGGAUUUUGGAAUAAAAGAGCCUGGAAAAAGAUAUCUGGAUUCUCUAGCUCCAACAGCAUCAACAAAGCUGGUCUCACUGGUCUGCUCGUUAGGUACACUUUCCGGCGUAAGUCCGGCUCGCAGGGCUCUCAGGGCAAGCGGCGGGCAGAGCCUGUCAAAUGCGAUGCGUGCCUCUCACAACGAUGUUAACCGCACUAUGAUGAAGCCUGUAGGCCAAGCAGAACUAAAUCCAGAACAUCUACUAUACCGUACAGCUACUCCAACGGAAAACUGGUGGUGCCGCUGGAUUCCCUAGCACAGAGCUGAGGGGUGCAGCCCCCUUGCCAUCCCCGCUUCCAACUCCUCCGAGGGACUCCUAAACACAAAGGGACAAAGAUAAACAGAAACACUUUUGAUCGUGCGACUUAAAACUACGGAGCCGCCGUUUUUAAACAUUCCAUGAUUGUAAAGGGACAUUUAUCGACACCUCAGUGCGUCUCAAAGACGAGGGUGAUACCAUUGUAUGUAGAUAGAAAAGGACAAUCAAAUAUUUACGAUACGAAACGAGGAGGUAUACGGCGCAGUGAUAGAAAAGCCUAUUUAAUUAUUUGUAUUGUUAUGACAAUCGUUUCAUAGAAACGUAGUAACUGCGUUGUUGUUACUUAUCAAUUUUUAGUAGGUCAUAGGUACAUGAAAAGGCUGACACAGUUGAAUCAGAUUUUGUACAUUAUUAAUAAAGCUGCCAUUUUAGCUAUUAAUGUCCGUUUUUGAUCUAAUAUUUUGAUGUUCAAUAUUUAAUUAUUCUGACGUGUAAACUUUAACUUAAUAGAUACUUAAUUUGUUCAUAAUGUAACGUAUUUGUCGUAAUUCUCUUUUCAUCGAAAUGAACAUAAUUUUGUGACAUUACUCAUUAAAGUGCAUUUGCAAAGGUUGCUUAAUAAUUUGACUGUUUUAAACGGCGCUAAAUGUUGUACCCGAAAUAGAACACUUUAUUCUGUAUAGUCGACAAUUUUAAAUAGUUCACAUAUAUAAUUAUGUUUACAUCAUCGAACAUUGUUCCAAAACUAUUUGUAAUUUUAAAAAUUGAGAAUUCAAUUGUAGACGCUAUAUAAAUGGUCCAACCCCGUUAUUUUAAUAUUGUAUUUAGUGAUUGUGUAAAAAUUGUUUUAUAUAAAUUAAAAGAUGUUAUUCGAGACACAUAGCGUAAUUGUUAAUAUUUUAUAGCAAUUAGGUUGUAUAUUAUGUAAAUAAUAUCAAUGAAAAAAAACAUGGUGCACUUUCUUCGUGUUAUUAUUUAUGUACAUAGGUACAUGUAUAGUCACUUCCACACUUGCUUUAGAUAGUAAUUACCAACGUACUGACUUUCAUAUUUGUAUUCGAAUAAAAAAAAUGAAAAAAGUUUAUGAAAGCUAUGUUAAUAAAUCAAUGAACAUGUAUAUCUAAUAUGGCCAUAUUAUUUAUUUAUCAGCAAAAAUAAAAGGUAAAAAAAACUCUCUAGGUACCUUUCUCUUUCAGUGAUCUGAUUGGAAAAGUAAUACAAUAUUGUCUUAAUUUAAAUAUGCUCUUAAAAAUAUGGAACGGGAAUUAACAAUAUAAUGUGCGUUCGUAUGUAUACACGUUAUUAUUCGUUAGAAUACAAACUUGUAUACAAAAAGAAUCAAAUUAAUCAAAGUUGCUCCAGAACACAUUUUUCAUUUCAGUCAUAACUUCAUUCAUUUUGCGUUAUGAUUAUUUCUAUAGCAUAUCAGAUAUGCAUGUUCAUAGAUGAAAAAAACUUGUCCAAAAAUUACAUUUAAGGCAAUCUUAAUUUAUCAGCUAACUUUUUAAAACUCAACAUUGUGUAAAUAAUGAUACCUACUUGUUAAAAUGGAUUCGGAAUCGGUCAGUGAAACUUUGGUUAAAUAUAAACUACCUAUUGUUUACCGCCACUAGACUGAUGGUGAAACUUGUUUAAUCACAAUAUUACAUGGAACAUUUCUUUAACUGUCUGUAAUUUAGUGAUCGUGUUCAAGUCAAAAGAGAUUUUUAUUAAU